AUGAGCGCGCCACCCUCUGGUCUGCCCAACGGCCAGGCCCAGGACCAGAAACCCAACCCGACCGGGCAGCAGCCGCGACCGCCCCCUAUCAAGCGACGAGCCAAAGGCGAUCCUCUCGUCGCGCGUAGACGACCGCAGCCCAAACCCAAUGCUCCGCGGCCGCAAGGUGCGGGCGCCGCUUCCUCGAGUCGCGCGACACCUCCCUCUGCGGCGCUGAGGCCCGAGGUCCACACCGCUGGCCUCCUGGCUCGCAUCACAAACAACCGAACCAAAACGGCGGCGAACGGGGGUUGGACGGAGCCGCUGCCGCCAGGCGGUCGCGAGUGGAAGAUUGUCACGACCAAGCGUGCCCUGAUGGAAGGCACCCGUCACCACGUCAUGAGGUUCUCGUCAUCUCGCAUCGAGAAGGAGAAGCUACACAUUGAUCCCACGGACCAAAACGAUUUCACGCGACCUGUGACCCUUCAGCGUCGCGACCCAAGACAGCCCGCUGCUGGACGAGAGGUGAAGCCCGAGGAGGAAGAGCCCGAACCUGAGCCCAACCCAGAGGACGAGAAAGAGGCCGAGAGGAUUGCGCAGCUCAAGGCCGAGAAGGAUGCCUGGAAGGCCAUGGAGGCUGCCAAGAGUGCGCCGGCGAUCAAGGACCCCAAUGCCAGUACGCGUACCAAGCAGCCGAAGCAGGAGGACCGCGGUGUGCAGUUUCACCGCGCACCCCGGUCGGAGAAGGAACGCAAGCAGCAAUCGCUGCGUUAUGAGGAAGCGCUGCCCUGGCACAUUGAGGACGCCGACGGAAAGCACGUGUGGGUUGGUUCAUACGUCGCCCCUCUGUCGGAGACGACAGUUUGUCUCGUGGCCACGACAGACGGCAAGUUUGCCAUGACCCCGCUUGAGAAAUGGUAUAAAUUCCAGCCCAAGCCGAAUUUCACCACGAUGAGAAUCGAAGAGGCCGAGGCCUUGAUGAAGCAGCAAUCAGGCGUGUCUCGGUGGCACAUGCAGGCGCAAGAGAAGAAGGCAGGACAGAAAGACCUCGAGGAUUGGAGAAAGUUCAAGAACGGACCGUCGCGUAUCAAGACGGAGAGUUCGACAUUCAGGGGCGUAUCCAAGUCGGAAAAGAUGGACCAUGACGAAAUUGAUUUCGAGGGCGAUGAAUUCCAAGACGACGACGAGGCGCCCAACUUUGAGCCCGACAACGACGAAGAUCAGAAGGAGUCGGCCGAGCGCAUCAAGCGCGAGCAGCUCGGCGCCAACGUGUUCGGAGAGGGCGACGAGGGUAAGGUGGACCAGGAAGAGCUCGAGACCCGGCUUCUCGAGGAGAGCAGGAAGAGGGAAGGCAAGACCAUCAACAAAGCAUUGGUCAAGCGAGAAAAGGAAACCAUCUACAAGAAGGACUCGGACGAUGAAGACGGCAACCGUUACUUCGGUCCCUCAGAUGAAGAGGAUUCGGAUGACGAGAGCAAGGACGGAGAGGAUGAGGCUAAGAAGGACGAAGACAAGGCCUCUAGCCAGGAUCCUUCUGCGCAGAGUCAGGACGCCAAUGGUGCCAAGGACAAGGACGCAAACUCGAAGGGCACACUGACGCCUUCUGGCAAGCAGAAGGAAGCCGAUGCUGCCCGAAAGGGCAAGUCACUGAAGCGUCCUGGCUCGCCGAACCUAUCGGAAUCUAGUGAAACAGAGUCGACGCUGAGGAAGAAGAAGCUCAAGAAGAACGGAAGCUCUGUCCAGGUAAGCCGCUCAGGGACACCUCUGCCAUCGGGCCACAAACACAAGGUUGGAAUGAGCUCGAUGAGCGACGGCGAAGCCACCGGUGGAGAGAUGUCCGAUGGCCAGCAGAGGAAGAAGAAGAUCAAACUUCUUGGUACGGGCGCCAGGAGCACGCCCACUGGCUCGCGUGCUGGCAGCCCAGCCCCUGCAGGCGCAGCAGGCAGUACGUUAAGACCUCUUGAAGAAAGUAUGGACCAAGCUGACAAGACAACGCAGGUGCAUCGCCGACGAGCCCGAAUCCGCGUGCCGGCUCACCCUCCCGAUCCGGGCCCAUUGAACCCUGGGAGGUCUUCGCAGCGCUGCCGCCGCAGGGCAUAUCGUCAAAAGAACUCAACAGACGCUUCAACGAACGCAUUGGUGAUGGACCAGGCCAGACAUCCAAAGCUGGAUGGAUCAACAUCGUGA